CGUUAAAUCUAUAAAUUUCAAAUGGAGUGUUUCACUUCGAGCCAAAAUAGAACGGAUCUCUCACACUUUUUAAAAAAAUUAAUUGACCAUGAUGGCAGUCGAGACGGAGGGGUUGUCACCUCGACGAGGGAGCAGCAAACGAUGGCGUGCGGCGUGUUUUCUCUUUGUUUUCAUGGGUUCCUCUUCCCUGUUGGUCACCACGUUCAUGACUGAGGAUCAAGUGCAGCGGUUCCAAGCAGUCCUCCUCCGACAAAAUCAAGUGGCCAAGUCCAAAUCAAAAGCUGCUUCUAGUAUUAGUAUUAGUGAUGAUGAUAAUGCAACGAUCCGUGGAAGGAAACAGCAAAAGAAAUUGGCUCAGCAAAAGAACGCUACCAAGACUACUACUACCAGCAGCAGAUUGAGACCAGCUCCCAAUCAAGGCAAAAAGAACAAGGAAUCACCACUCUUCGUAAAGGCUCCACCACAAAAUUCCAUUUCCAUCACCAGCGAUGCCCAUAAAACAGAUCCUCGCAUUGCGUGGCUCAUGUCCUUUCCAAAUUCAGGGACGUCGUAUACGGGACAAUUGGUCAAGCAUCUGACCAGAACCAAAACUGCCAGCAACUAUGGCGAACAAAAUCUGGAUUUACAAGGCAGUUCCGUGCCGGUCUAUCAUGAUGGAAACAAAAAGCAAAAAGACCGGAAUUGGCAAGGCCCCUUUUAUGUAGAUCCCACUCAGUCCAAAGGAUACGAGACACCCCACGCCUAUGUCUUGACCAAAACACACUGUGGUGGGUACACUACCAACACGUCUCCGGAACGAUACGUCGAAGCCACUCACAGCUUCCGAAGACGUUGCCUUUCGACCAGAUAUGUCAAGAAUGGCACUCUCUACAAGGGAGAAUACGAUGCGGCUCUAGUGCACAAGGCCAUUCAUCUGUUCCGCAAUCCGUUUGACAAUGUCGUUUCGAGAUUUAACUUUGAACACAAACGACUAGAAAAGAAAAAGGGCUAUACCAACGGGUCCACCAAAUCGCGGGAGGGAUUCCGAGCCUUUUGUCAACAAAUGGAUACGACAUGGAAGGAAUCCGAACGCAACUCUAUUGUCUAUGAAGAUUCCAUUUUGGCCAAGAUGGAAUCGGUGCCCUGUCAUUCCGAUUUCUUUCGAUAUGUGGAAUGGCACAAUUUGGCCUUUGUGACGACACAAGAUCUGGGUAUAGAAACCAUGAUUCUACAUUAUGAAGACUAUGGUGCCAGUACUUUUGAAACUACCAAAAACAAACUAUUGGAAUUUCUAGAACUGGAAGAACGGGGUGUGUCUAGUCCAUUCAAAGAUGGUAAAGUCUAUUCCAAAGAAUACUUUACCAAAAAGGAGCGAGAAGUGGUUAAAGAAGUCUUGCAACAACUGGCAUUGAAGACCACCUGGGGCUAUCUGGAACGGUACUUCUAGACUAGCCCACUGGUUGGCCUACAUUAGAUAGAACAGCCAGCAACGGUAAAAUGUCCUGUUCUCUGGGAAAUGCUGAUUCUACUGAGUCGGUUCUGUCAAGUGACAAUAACUUGCUGGUACCGUAUAGGCUUUGGCGUUUCGGUAAUGUGAUGGAUGGGGAGGGCUGAGUCCAUUCUUGGCUUGGCUAUGAUGUUCUGUGGUGGCACAAGUUGAAUAGGUUUCUUUUUCUAUCACUCACCAAGAAAGAAAGAUGGACGCUGCCAGGGCUAACUUAUGGAAGGCAGCUCUGAAUGAUUCGAUUCAAUCAGAUUCAGCUAGAAGCCAUGAGCAGCUGUGGGUUCAACUAGUACUGGUACAUGUAAUCAUAACAUCAAACCUUACCAUGUUC